AUGGUACCUUUUGCCCUCGCUCUGCAGGGCAUGGUCGUAGUGGCCCCUGACUAUGCCGGUCUUGGGCUCGGCUCUCUACCCAAUGGCGAGCGAAUUCUACAUGCCUAUGAUGCCUCGCCCGCACAAGCCAAUGAUGUUGCAAACGCAAUGAUUGCUGCUCGGUCUGCAUUCCCGAACCUACUCUCCACAGACACUCCCUUUGUCACAGCCGGACAUUCCCAGGGAGGCGCCAUAGCUUGGGCAUUUGCCGAGCGGCAAGCGGUGCAACCCAUACCUGGCUAUAAGGGUACUGUGACUUUUGCGCCGCCCGUCGAUGGUGUAAAGCUGAUUGCCGAUGGAAAUGAAGCCUACGCCAACAACUCGACGGAGCCUUGGGUUUUGGCCGCAAGAAGCUUCAUUCAACACUCGGUCAUCGCCGGCGUUACUGCUGUGUAUCCCGGUUUCAACUAUACAGGCAUGACGGCCAAGGUGUACGACCGGUUCCAUAAUGUGAUGGCCAAAAUCCAGGGCUGCCUGCCCACCGACAACAUUGUCUUCAGUGACCUGCUCCCAUCCGAAUUGGGUGAUCCGUCAUGGACCAGUCACCCCACUGCUCUGGAGUUUCAGAAGAGAACCCGUGUGAGCGGCAAGAAAGUCGCAGGUCCAUUUUUGAUCAUCGCUGGUAAGAAGGAUGGAGCUGUUCCAGUGGCAACUGUCAAGGCUGCCGUGGAUGACACCUGCGCAGUAAACGCCAACGGCACGGCGGCCAUCGAAUAUGUCAUGUAUGAGGGCCAGGAUCAUUUCCCUGUAAUUCAGGCAAGCCAGGUGUAUUGGAUGCAGUGGAUCAAGGAUCGUCUAGCUGGCAAAUCACUCAGAUCGAAGGUGUCUGAGGGUUCAUGCACGAAGAGAACGGUGCAGGAAUUCAGGACGGAAUUCAACAAGCCAUACACCCCACCGAAUUGGCUUGUUACACAAGUCACUGAUCCACGAGAGGUAUGGAAAUAUACUCUGUAA